CUUUGCGAGCCAACUGUGCCUAGCUGUUCGUCUGAACGGACACACCUUGCUAAGCAUAAAUGUUUCUAUCCCUAAGCUGCUGUUAAGUGAUAGUCAUAUAUUCUCGCACUGGUCUAUUGACAACUUGCUCCUUGUUCCUUAUGUGUUCUUCGGUGGAUCAUGCAUGCGAUGUUGUAACCACGCUGAGCGGAGCACCACAUUUCGCCGCGCGAACCCUCGAGAUAGUUGGAAGUGCAGCCCGACAUGUUCGUCGCAACCCCGAGCUGGGCUAUGUGCUCGGCAUGUCAUUACUUCUACCAAUCCUGCGGUGGCUGCUAGACGUCUUAUUAUAUAAGCCCAUCGCAAGGCGUAUACUCCUAGGAUCUGGCUCUUCCCACAGCCAGCAAGAAGCUCACGGGCAGCAGCAAAAUGAACGUAAAGAACAGCAGGAAAGGCAGCAGCAGCGAGGUAAAGGGCGACCAGCUCAGCAGCAGGAGGAGGCGGAGGAGCAGCGGCAUCGAUCCAGGAAACCGGAGCAGCAGCAGGAGGGGCAGCACCGGGAAUUGCAGCAGCAGCAGCAGCAGGAACAGGAACAGCGGAGGCAGGAGGCGUCAGGGACGUCUCUUAGACGACUAAAGGCGGAGCGGGUGACAAAGAUGUGCGAGUCCUUUUGGAAGCUCACCGCGUACGGCAGCAUGCUAGCUCUGGAGCUGUCCAUCACGCUGCCCGAGCCCUGGUUCUGGCGGCCGGGGGACUACUGGGUCGGCUGGCCGCAGCUGCCGGAGCUCCCCCUCAUGCGGCUGCUGUUCCUGGCCCAGCUGUCGUACUACGUGUCCACCACCUUCACGCUGGCUCUGUGGGAGGUGCCGCGCAGCGACUACUGGGUCAUGCAGACGCACCACUGCUGCACCGUGGUGCUCAUCGCAUACAACUACAUCAGCGGCUACCAGCGCUGGGGCUGCCUCAUCAUGAUGUUGCACGACAUCAACGACGUCAUCAUGGAGCUAGCCAAGUGCCUAAACUACGCCGAACUCCACACCGCAGCCAACACCACCUUUGGGCUCUUCGUGGGCGCAUGGGCGGGUCUGCGACUGUACGCCUUCCCUGCCGUACUCAUCAAAUCCACGUUGUACGACAGUGUACGGGUGCUGGGCUACACGCCGCCGCAUCACGGGCUGCUGAAUGGGCUGCUGUGCGUGCUGUGUUGCUUCCAUGUGUAUUGGUUUGGGUUGAUUUUGAGGGUGGCGUGGAUGGCGG